CCCCGACUUUCCGAUGCAGCUCUGCGGUGCGCAGCCAUCCCACAGCCUCCGCCGGCCGCCACGGUGACGCUGUCCCACAGCAAGGUAGGUGACAACCAAGCGACUCUGCUUGGGCUUAAACUCCCCGGAGCUGCCUCAUUCAGAACAGCCUUAGGGAAGUCACCCGGGGAGAGGUCACACAGCCCUGUGCGCAGAAGGACCCGGGGACAAGGCGCUUGGGCCCCAUUUCACAGAUGCUCAAACUGAGGGCCUCUCCUAAAGUCCGUGGCUUAAGGGGGAGACUGCUGUCGGCCAAGCCAGUGCUGGACAGGGUGUCAUCAGGUCAAAGGUUUCAGUAGCUGGGGACGUUUGGAGUUAGGGCUCCAGUUUGUGAGAUGGGCCCUUGCACAUCGCUGAAAGCCUGAACGCACACCCCAUGGCCGGGUUUUGAUUUCCCCGUGGUUAAAGGAGUGCCCCUCGUCGGCGGGGAGAGGACGCGGCCCAGAGCCAGGGCUCCCCAAGGGACUUUUGGGGCCUCUCUCUCCUCCAUCCUACAGCACCCUGUCUGGCCUCAACUGCUCCAUCCUCCCUGGAGACCUGUGCCCCAGGGGUGCCCGAAGCCCCAUGCUCUGCAAUGGCAGUGAGGCCAGGGGGCUCUCUGAGGACUUGAACCUGACCGACGAGGAGCUGCGGCUCAAGUACCUGGGGCCGCAGCAGACGGAGCUGUUCGUGCCCAUCUGCGCCACGUACCUGCUGAUCUUCGCAGUGGGAGCCGUGGGCAACGGGCUGACCUGCCUGGUCAUCCUGCGCCACACGGCCAUGCGCACGCCCACCAACUGCUACCUCUUCAGCCUGGCCGUGUCCGACCUGCUGGUGCUGCUGGUGGGCUUGCCCCUGGAGCUCUACGAGAUGUGGCGCAACUACCCGUUCCUGCUGGGCACCGGCGGCUGCUACUUCCGCACGCUGCUCUUCGAGACGGUCUGCCUGGCCUCAGUGCUCAACGUCACGGCCCUGAGCGUGGAGCGCUACGUGGCCGUGGUGCACCCACUCCGGGCCAGGUCCGUGGUGACGCACGCCCACGUGCGCCGUGUGCUUGGGGUCAUCUGGAGCCUGGCUGUGCUCUGCUCUCUGCCCAACACCAGCCUGCACGGCAUCCGGCAGCUGCACGUGCCCUGCAGGGGCCCUGUGCCCGACUCGGCCAUGUGCGUGGUGGUGCGCCCCCAGACCCUCUACAACCUGGUGGUGCAGACCACGGCGCUACUCUUCUUCUGCCUGCCCAUGGCCACCAUCAGUGUGCUGUACCUGCUCAUCGGGCUGCGGCUGCGCCGGGAGAGGCUGCUGCUGACGCCGGGGAAGGGGGCCAGGGCCGGCAACGCUCGAAGCCUUCAGCAGCAGGACAGGGGCCGGAGACAGGUGACCAAGAUGCUGUUUGUGUUGGUGGUGGUAUUUGCCAUCUGCUGGGCACCGUUCCACGCUGACCGGCUCAUGUGGAGCUUCGUGUUCCAGUGGACGGACGACCUGGUCCUGGCCUUCCAGUACUUACACGUCGUCUCCGGCGUCUUCUUCUACCUCGGCUCGGCCGCCAAUCCGGUGCUCUACAGCCUCAUGUCCAGCCGCUUCCGGGAGGCCUUUCAGGAAGCCCUGGGCCUGGGGGCCUGGCGCCACCGCCACAGGGCCCAGCACGGCUCCCACAGCCUCAGCAGGGGGACCGUGGGCAGCACCCUCUAUGAAUUGGGCUGCCCGGGCAACAGGGCCCCCCUGGCUGGGAACGGUGGCCCAGAGGGGCAGCAGGAGACCAACCUCUCCUGAGUGGACCCAGAAGUGGCCUCUGCCGGCAGAGGAGUGGGGGGUGGGGACUAGGGGACCUCACACUUCCACCUAGAAUCUCAGAACAGCACCUGAGUUAUUCCUGUAUCCACCUGUGUCCUCCAGGCUUGAGGGAAAGAGCGCGAGAAAGCAGACUGGACUUUGGUUUCUGAGGGCCCUCAGCUGAAGUCCCUCCCCUGCAGGGACAGCACAGGUGGCUGGGCCUGGCCGUCCUCCACCUGGACACCAUUUCCCCUGUCUCUAAGGGGUCCCAUGGAGCCCAGCUGGCCUCCCCAUUUCUUGUUGAAUUCUGGCCCACUCUGUGCCUGUUCCUGGGACCCACGUCUGACCCAACCCCUCCUUGGCCACCCUUCUGCUCUGGGAUCGUCACCCUGCGGAGCUGCUGGGGGCAGGGUUCUUGGGGACUCAGGGACCUGGUUCCAGUCCCAGUCCUGCUGCCUCAAGCAAACGCAGCCCCCAGCCCCAGUUUCUGGGCCUUGGUUCCUGGUUGACAAAAUGAAGGCCCCACUGGGACCGGUGCUGUGAUGUAGCAGGUCAAGCUGCCACUUGCAGUGUUGGCAUCCCAUAUGUGCGCCAGUUCGAGACCCGGCUGCUCCACUUCCCAUCCAGUUCUCUCCUAUGGCCUGGAAAAGCAGAAGAAGAUGACAAAAGUGCUUGGGUCCCUGCACCUGCGUGGGAGACCUGGCGGAAGCUCCUGGCUCCUGGCUUUGGAUUGGCCCAGCUCCGGCCGUUUCUGCCAUUUGGAGAGUGAGCCAGUGGAUGGAAGACCUCUCUCUCUUUCUGUCUUUCCCUCUCUCUCACUCUGCCUCUCAAAUAAAUAAAUAUUAUUUUAUCUUUA